GAGAGCACGAGAGGGAAGGGAGAGAGAGGGGUGGAACAUUUAAAUUUUAACAAUUUUUUUUUUAGUUUUGAAAAAAAGAUAAAAUAGGAAGUUCACGUAAUUAAAAAAAAUUAAUUGGUACAAAUUAGUAGGUAGAGUCAAAAUUAAUAUGAAUUGUUUUAUUAACAAUCAAAGAAAUUCCCCUUAGUAAUGCUUGCGUUACCAUUUGGUACUAGAUUCCCUUGCGCACUUGUUCCUCUCAAACAUCCAGAAAAAGUCACAAACUCCGAUCCAUUUCUCUCCCUACUCAGCCAAUGGACUCCUCCGGACCAAUCACACAGGGCUCUCCCAGUCGCUACCAAAAUGUCGUCGUCAUGAGGCACGGCGAUCGCAUGGACAACUUCGUGCCCCUCUGGGUCUCCACAGCCACGCGGCCCUGGGAUCCACCCUUGUUCGAAUCCGGUCUAACCCGGGCGCUCGUUACGGGUCGGAACCUCCGAAAGAACCUGGGUUUCCCAAUCCACCGGGUCUUCGUGUCGCCGUUCCUUCGUUGUGUUCAGACCUCCGUAGAAGUCAUCUCCGGUCUCUUUGCUCUCGUCGAUGAUCCUAAUGCCUUGACCAGUGGCGGCGGCUCUGUUCCGAUUGACACCUCCAAAGUCAAAGUCUCGAUCGAGUACGGACUUUGCGAGAUGCUAAACAACGAAGCUAUUCGACCCCAGUCGGCUCCUCGAGAUGGAGAGUUCGGUUUCAAAGUUUCCGAGUUGGAAGCUUUGUUUCCAGCUGGAACUGUGGAUCGAUCUGUUGAACCUGUAUACAACGAGAUGCCUAAGUGGCCAGAGCAAGUGAGCCAAUCAAGAAAUAGAUAUGCUCAUGUCGUCAAAGCCCUUGCUGACAAAUAUCCUACCGAGAACCUCCUUCUCGUAACUCAUGGGGAAGGCGUUGGGGUUGCAUUGUCGGAGUUCAUGAAGGGUGUUACUGUAUAUGAAGUAGAGUAUUGUGCCUACGCACUUUUAAAACGGCCAAUCUUCAACAUAGACGAGUCAUACACAGCUGGAGAAUUUCAGGUAGAGACACACAGAGGCCACACUGGUAUCCGAUAUAUACCUUUAGGUCCCACAAUUACUGAUGAAGAUGAAGGAACCAAGUGAUCUGUCUUCAACGAUGAUUACAUGUGAGAAUCAUUAUGCGCUAUUUUGAGACUCAUUUUUUUUUUAUGGCAUUGCAACAAAUUACUCACAAUUUCUUGUCCUUGGUAUUUUAUUGUUGUUGGUUUAAUUUGAUUUUCGUGUAUCGGCGCUCGCCCUUUUUGGGGGGGGUUUGAUUAACGAUGCAAUGCAGUUGCGGAAAAGAUAUCUUCUGUGUCAAACAUGUCGUGGUUUAUAGUAAUAAAAAAGUAUAUAUAGUUAUGCUUUCAA